AUGGCAGAAUGUAAUGAAAGCAAGACUCUUGAAGCCAAGUGCUACUGCGGCUCUGUCCAUUACACAAUCGAUGUACCGGUUUCGAAACUACCUCUACUCACCCAUCUCUGCCAUUGCAGCCUCUGCAGGUAUGGCUCUGGUGCGCCAUGCAUCUUCCAUGCUCCGCUGCCCGAUGGGGUGAAGCCCAAGUUCGUGGAGCCAUCCUCCAGAAGCAAUAUGACCAGCUACGCCAUUGGGAAGAAGAUCGGAACAUGGAACUUCUGCUCAACGUGUGGUUGUCACAUUGCUUCAACUGGGCCGCCUGAGAACGAGUUCUGGACAGUUGCUUCAUCAACAUUCGUGAACGCCUCAGACUCCUUUGAUGUCCGCAAGCACAUCUUCAGCAACUCCACAAAGGACCGGGGCAUCGCCGAAACCCUGACACAUACUGGCGGAAAGGAGUUCAUUGACUGGAACCCUUCUGACGGCAGCCCCGAGGCAAAGAUCGUUGAAUCUCAUGUGGAAGUUGGGAAAGAAGGGGAAGAGCGUCUUCGUGUGGAAUGCGAGUGUAAAGGCAUUUCUUUCACCAUUCCCCGGCCGAGCCAAGAGAUCAAGGAGGACAAAUUCUAUUCGCAAUUUGUUUCGCACAGAGAUGAUACCAAGUGGCUUGCGACUUUUGACGCAUGUGAUGAUUGCCGGCUUCACAAUGGGACUAACGUUGUGGGAUGGACAUUUAUCCCCUUAUCCAUAUGCGAACCCCGUAUCAAAGACGAUCUACUCAUUGGGAGCGCCAAGACGUUCAAAUCGUCGGACGAUGUAGUGAGAUCCUUCUGCGGCACUUGCGGUGCCACCGUCUUCUUCUCUCACGCUUGUCGAAUGCCGUCUGAGAACCAUCAUGUUGUCGACUUGGCUACGGGUAUCAUCAGAGCGCCUGAAGGUGUCAUGGCAGAGAAGUGGCUCACUUGGCGAGCAAGGUUGGCAUGGGCUGAUAGCGGAAAGAGAUUCGAUAGUGACUUUACCGAAGCCCUACAAGAAGGCAUGAACAAGUGGGUGUUGCAGAGAGAAGGUCUUAUUGAGGAUUACAAUAUCGGUUGA